UUGCUCCCCUGAGCGGGGGGAGUCAUAUCCCCUGCUGUGGCUCACGCGAUUGGUCGCGCCCAGCGCCUGACCUGCCAAGGGCGUCGGGAGGUGGGGUCAUUUGCUGCGUCGGCUCUGCAAGCAGCAGCUCGGAGAGGGGGUUUCUGUGAUAGCUUGCUGUCGGGGUUUCUCCAGCACCGGCCAUGGUUUCCCUUUUGUGCUGUGGGCCAAAGAUGGCCGCUUGCGGGAUUGUGAUCAGCGCUUGGGGGGUCAUUAUGCUGGUUCUGCUGGGGAUCUUCUUCAACGUCCACUCGGCUGUUCUGAUUGAAGAUGUUCCCGCCACUGAGGAGGACUUCAAAGGUGGGCCGGGCAAGAUCUAUGGCCUCUACGAGCAAGUGAGCUACAACUGCUUCAUCGCAGCCGGCCUCUACGUCCUCCUGGGGGGGUUCUCAUUCUGCCAAGUGCGUCUCAACAAGCGCAAGGAGUAUAUGGUCCGCUAAUGACACUCCCCGGGCCCUCCUUCCUCUGCCGGAGGGGCCCAUGGCUUUUACCUCCCGCUGUUGGGGAUGGCGAACCCCCGUCUGUCUCAUAUU